CGGGGAGGCGAAAAAUGAGAGCAGUGAUCGAUAAAUGUUUUGAAUGUAAAAGAUUAAAAUUAAAGCCGUUUGAAAUCCCGAAUAUGCCAAAUUUGCCAGUGGAAAGAGUAAACAAAUCAAAACCCUUCGAAAAUUGCGGUGUUGAUUAUGCUGGACCAUUUGAAGUGAAAAAUAAAGAAGGGUUAAUAAAUAAAUGUUGGAUUGAGAUUUUUACGUGUAUGUCCACCCGGUUCACACACUAGAUAGUUCAAGACUUAAGCGCAAAAUCCUGUAUUAUGGUAUUUAGGAGGUUUAUAGCUGAAUAUGGACUGCCAAAAAGAAUUAUUAGUGACAAUGGUACACAGUACCAAUUAACAUCAAAAGUCGUUUUAGAAAUACAGAAAAAAUUAGAAACGAAAAAUAUGAAUUGGAUUUUUAUCCCCUCACUCAGUCAUUGGUUUGGCGGUUUUUAUGAGUGUAUGGUUAAAAUAAUGAAAAAAUGCCUUAAAUCAUCAAUUGGUAGAAAAUUAUUAUUUUUUGAAGAAUUGCGAACAAUUUUAAUAGAGGUAAAGCAAAUAAUGAAUACGAGACCGCUCACUUAUGUGUAUGAAGAUUUUGAAAAUUCUCAUGAAAAUUUAAGACCCAUAGAUUUAAUUAUGCCCCAAAGGAACGAAAAUACAAUUAACUUAGAUGAUUUAGAUGAAAAUGAAUUUAUUUUAAAAGAAACCCAAAAGGAUGAAUUGAUUAAAGAAUGGAAAAGAGCAAAUGAAAUGCUAUUAAAAUUUUGGGAAAAUUGGCAAAAGGAAUACUUGAAUCAACUCAGAGAGAGAAAGGACAAGCAUAGCCAAAAGGUCGCAAAAAGAAAUUACUCUCCCACAAUAGGUGAAAUUGUUUUGGUCCAAGAUAAAAAUAUUCCGAAAAAUUACUGGCAAAUGGGAAAAAUCGUAGAACUUGUGAAAAGCAAAGACGGAUUAAUACGCUCAGCCAAAAUAAAAUCGAAAGGGAAAUUAUUGACAAGAGCUAUUGCUUUGCUAUACCCCUUGGAAUUAUUCGCUGAAACUGAAAAUAAAGAAAAGGAAUUUAAAAAUGAAGAAAAAUUUUGA